AUGCAAGCUCACCCUUUCCAUCUUGAUGAACGAAGCUCGGUAUCGCAAGCGUCCCGUCAACUACAGCAGCUUCAACAGAAGAACGAAGCACUCGCACGUGAAUGCGCCGGACUUCAAGAUUAUGUCGUUCAGCUCGAGGGCCGGCCGACAACUCAGCAACACGAUGAUAUUGCCGCAGCGCAUGCGCUUGCUAAAGAGCACAUCAACGUUCUGGUCGCGAAGGAAGAUGCAUUGGCUGCUACAUGUAACCACAAGGAAGCCAUCAUCGCCGCACGAGACCGCGCGAUCACCGAACUUCUACACGAUCAGGAAGCCAUCAUUACCGCACGAGACUGUGAGAUCACCGAACUUCUACAUGAACAGAAGCGAGACAGGAGCGCUCUUGAUACUUUACGUGGAAAGCGCCGAGCGGACCGUAAGGCCAUAGACGAUUGGUCUCGUAGGAUUUCCGAACUGGAGGCGACACACAACGAGCAGUCAAGCACUAUGGCUAUCCUUCGCAAGGACAACAGUACUUUGCAAGCCAAAGUCCACGGCUUAUCCGACUUCGUUACCAGAAAGGAUGAGGAGCUAGCACGGCUGAAGCUAGCUCUCGACGCAGCCGCUGCCAUGAACGGAAACCAUAACGCCAUACCCAAAGGCAGCGACGCAAUUGCCUGCAAUUGCAACGCCGACUUGGUGAAGCAAACCAGUACAUAUCGAAAGCUUUCCGACCAUUUUGCGGAAAAAAGCAAACUCUGGGAAGAUACCGAGGAGAAUGUCAAGCGUGCAGCCCUCAUCGCCCAAGCGGAGACUCGUAACAACCACGCGAACUGGGUGCAGAUCUUGCAGGAGAAGGACGCCAUCAUCGCUGGUCUAGAGACUACACUAGACGCAGCAGUGGCCAAAGGGGACCUAGCCAAGCAUGUCCAGCACGCCAUCAAGACGCAUCAAGCCUUGCGAAAGAAGAACGCAGCAUUGAUCAAAGACAACAAGGAAUUAAAGACGGAUGUGCAGAACCUGCUCGAUGUCAACCAGUCGAAUGCAGAUCGACUGACCUCGUAUUUGAGGAAGCUUGAGACGCUGCAGACCGAACGCACAGAUGCGGUCGAUAAAGUCUCCCACCUGAACGAUGAACUGACGAAGUCCAAUAAAUACGUUUCGGAUUUGCAGAAGGUCAUCGCUGCUGCAGCUUCCAAGGCGAACCAGGGCGAUGUCUCUAACACCACAGACUGCGUUCCACGAGCCAUUGUUAACGGCAUCGUGGCAGAGGCCAUAGCGGAGUAUUACACGCAGGCAGAACAACUUCGCGCUGAGCUUCAGCAGGAACAAGAGACACGUCGACACAUUCAAGCCAAAUUGGAACAAUGUGAUAAGGACCUCUUCAGAUACCAGACUGAGGAGCAGGAUCGCUUAGCUAAGGUAGCUGGGCUUGAACGCAAAGUGCGGUCACUGGAAGCACAAGAGAAGCUCCUCGAAGGCCAAAUCCAGAACUGUCAUGCCUUGGUCAGCGCUACAAAUACCACCAGUAGCCCAUAUGCUUUCGAAAUGCAUCGCCUGAUCCUCACCCAGAUUCAUCCACUCCAAACAGAGAACAGGAAACUCAUCGCCGAGAAGUACGAACUCCUGAAAGAUGUCGAUAGGUACAAGCGUGAGGCGCUAGAUACGCGCGCCAAGUGCGAACGCAGGAUCGACAACUACCGUGCAUGGUACAAAGACUUCGAGAUGCACUACUGGCACGUCGCAGUUGUCGAGCGUGAUAGCCUGCACGAGGAACUUGCGUAUUGGAAGAAGAAGUGUGGCAAGGAACAUUUCUACUCCUCCACAGCUUCCAGUCGCUUAGUCCACGACAGGCGCUUGCUACAGUUUGCGCUACGAGAAGACCACGGCCUGACCAAGAGCAUGCUGCCCAAGGAGUACUUCGAUCCAGACUUCCUCAAGGGCUGCCACUCAGCAGUUGAGCUGGCUCUGCGUAAGCUCUGGCCGGACUUCUGGCAGUACUUGGAGGGACAUGCUGCGUGGGUGCCACUUACCGUCCCUCUACUCACUGGCGAGGGUGAGAUCGUCAUGGAUGAGGCUACUCGUGCGACGUCGAACGCGCGGCUUGCGGAGUUCAAGAAGGAACUUGAAGAGCUGGACGAAAAGCUCGAAGAGGCGCAUCGCAAAAUGUUCGACAUUGACGAUGGGUCGGACAGCGACGAGGAAGAGAAGACCGACGAGGAAGAUGAUUCCGACGGUAGCAAAGAACAUAUCGGCACGCCUUCCAAUACCCCAGGCUCGCACGACACGGAUGGUACGUCACCGCCUUCUAGCAAGCGCAGAUCACAUGAGCGAGGAGACCCGAACGAUAGCACGAAGGCUGACGGCUGCCAUCCUGAUGAUGCUCGAGAUUCCAAAGCGAUCGUAGACGAAAAGGCGCGGGAGUUUGAUGAGCUACCUGCAUUUGCAAAGACGAUGCUUGCGCGCAUCAGCGCCCACGAAGCCGAGAAUGAGAAGCUUGCCGGUUAUGUCGCUGACGAAGGCAUCGAUCAAGACGCUUUCCUCGCGCAAUUUGGUCAGGGUAUUACGGGUUCUGAAGACGGCAAUCUACCUAACCCGACCGAAUCUAUUCAAGUCGCUGCGCACGUCGAACAAAUAAGCAUCGACCGCCUGGACGUGAAAGGUGAUGAUGGACGUACUCUUGAGCAACGAGUCGCUGAGGAAUAUGUGGAGGGUGGGCACAAUACGUUUUCUGAAGAGGAGUAUGAUGGCUUUGAUGAUGGGAUGAAGAAGAAGUAUCGUGAGGCUAUGGUAGAAGCCGUGGUCGAGGGCCUGGACUGA